AUGACAGACCAAGUGACAGUCACCAUUCAAGAACCAAAAUCAACCUUCACAACCUACCAUCAAAAUUCCAAUGAAUGGACAGCCAAAAGUAUAGUAGCAGUUACCUUCUUCUAUCUCGGUUUCAUCUUUCCUCCAUUGUGGAUCAUUGGUUUCUUCGCAUUCAGAUCACAAAAUGAUAGAGAAUACUUUUGGGGAACUAUGAAUGUAUCAGCAUGUGCUAUGUGUUCUUUUAUUAUCUAUGUAGUUGCUGGUUUUACUUGGAUUUUCUUCAUGUACUAUCAGGAAGCAGGUGCAGCAGGAAUUACGAGAACUUAUUACUUGAAUUUUACACAGGCCUAUUUGGAACCUGGUGAAUGGGUCGCAAUUGCCUAUGCCUUGUUGAUGUGUGGUAUUUUAGGAUAUGAAUUGAUGAAGUAUUUGAUCAAAUUGAAAUUUGUUAGAAAGAUGUGUAAAUGUUGUUUGAAGAAGUAA